UGUUCUGUACACGUGACACGCAGGCUAAAUGUUAAUGCACGAGAAAAAUAUAAAAUAAAAAUAAGCUACAGCAAAUGUAUUAGUCUACACAGAUGCAAAAUGAAUCGUCUUUUUAACACAGUAUAUUGAAUUGUUGACAUGCUGUCUCUUGUCGUCCAGUAACUUUCGCUUUCGUUUCCUUCGACUCAAAACCAGUCGAUCAGGCUGAAUCGAGCAGAACAGAACUCGACAGCUCACACUUCACACAGCUCUCGCUUCUCGCUGGUGUUUGGAGGUUUUCACCACAGUCAUGUCUCAGCAAGCGUAUGAAGCAAUGGAAAUUGAUGGACAUGGAAAUCCACAAUCCACCAAUGUGUCAGGCAGUGUUGAUCAAGAUAUGGAGGAUGUAAGUCAGGGUUCUGAUACUCAGCAGGCCCUAACUGAUCAGAUGAUGCAAAGCAGACAGUUUUUUCAUGUUCAGCGUAUCGUUGGACAUGUAAUCACUCAUCAACCUCUCAGCACAGGACAUGAUAAUGAUAAGGACUUGAGUGCAGCAGGUGCUAAAAGUCAAGACAUGGAUCACAUGAAGAAUCAAAACUUCACAACGAGUCAAACAAACGAUUCAGACUCAGACCCAAAGAAGAUCUCACCUGCUCAGAUAAUACAAUGUAAUGAUCAGGACUUGAGUGCAGUAGGUGCUAAAAGUCAAGACAUGGAUCACAUGAAGAAUCAAAACUUCACAACGAGUCAAACAAACGAUUCAGACUCAGACCCAAAGAAGAAUUUACUGCCAAGCAGUGCUAAACAGAAGCAUCAGGAUAUCACAACAAUCAAAUCAGACUCACAACCAGAGGAGGUCAUUUGUAAAAAUGGUGAUAUAAACCCAACCCAAUCAGAAUCCUCAGCACCACUGGAUAUUGGCUACUUGAGAAUUAAAGUGGACUGGAAAGAACCAUUUCCAGAGAGAUGGAAAGCAAAAUUAGAGAAAGCCCUUCAGAGUUGGGUAUCCAAACUGGAAGGAAAACCAUCAGUCCAAAGCGUUACACUCAUGGAUGAUCAAUCCUUUGCGGAGGUGCAGAUAACACCAUCAACGGCUCUACAAACUUUAGAAAAUCGUGGGACUGUAUCUUUGGAAUUUAAAGAUGACAAAAUGCAUGCGACUGCAAAGAUUCUGAACAAAGCGUGUUUUGUGACUGUAUCACAAAACACCUCCACAUCGGACAAGAACCGAAAUCUAUCAUCAAAGAUGAACGAGAUUAAACCUGUGACUUCUGCUGCAUCAGAUGACAAAAAUAAUGAUGCAGAUGUUCCAAGUAAGACUACGACCAUUAAAACUGAUGAAAAAAACCUUGAGACCUCAGCUGGACUCACUGUUCCCCUCUAUCAUUUCUGGUACAUUCUUCAUGCUUACAGAAAGGAGGUAGAGAAACUCGAGGAACAACAUGGAGUCAGUAUGCAGGCAGAAGUGUCAGUCUCAUUCAGAUCCACCGAGAGAUCAAGCAGUGAUUCUGUCUCCAAAGCCUCUGAGGACUUUCAGAAACUUGUCAGUGAUUGUGUGGUUAAUUGUAGUGAGGCUGCCGUUAAUCAUAAUGACAUGAAUUUAGAUAUUGUGACGCAGGCGAUUCGUACCAUCCAGUCUGAGGAGGCAAAGUUGAUGUUGACCAUGUCUGCCAGUAACGGCCAGUUCUUUGGACCGAAUAAAAUUACCGACAUGAUUAAAAGAGAGACAACAAGAGUGGAACAACCAUUCAAAUAUAAAUCAAAUGAAAUGGAUGUAGAUAACGUUUCUCCACAAAGAAGGUUUUCACUGGACAUGGACACAAAGGAACUUCCAACUCAACUUGAGAUGAGCAAGGUUCAUUGGGAUCUGAUGAAUCUUUCCUAUAAGGAACAUUUGUCCCAACUUAAAACAAAGUAUGGAGUGUUAUUUAAUGAAGAAACACUGCGGAAAAAUGUAAUUAAAGUUCAAGCUCGAUCUAAAGGAGUUCAACAUAUUAAUCUGGAAAGUCAUGCCCUGAGAGCUCUAACACAACUCUACCAGAAACUUGCCUCAUCCACUGUCAGCUGUAAACUCACAAACCCUACAGAUGCUACCAUUGUUGCACCACUAUUAGAGAAACUUCAGCAGCAGCAUCGUGUUGUGGCAGCAGAUGAACCCUGGAGGCUUGUUGGACUGCCAGAACAUCUCGGUCCUGCCAUUUCUUAUAUUGAGAAGACACUUCAGAAGAAUGUGUUUGAUGACAAAAUCAAGAAAUCGAUUGGAUACGCAGGUGACAUUCCUCAUGCAAGAGACAUCAACUGGAAACAGAUGCCUAAUUAUGGACCAGGAGCAGUGGGUGGAGCAGCACAGGAGGAGGGAGUGAAUUUUAGAAGACAAAGUGAAGCAGAUACUGAUUUCAAUAAAGAUUCAAAAGGAAACUCUAUACAUGACAGUAAAAGUGCUCCUGCUGAAGAGACAUGUGCUAUUUGUAUGGACAGCUUUACCAACAAGGAAAAACUGAAAUGUGGGCAUGAAUUCUGUCAGGAAUGUAUAAGGCUGUCAGUGGAGAGUCUGGGAUCCAUCUGUCCUGUGUGUAAAGAAGUGUUUGGGAAAUUGGUGGGGAACCAGCCAGAUGGAAAAAUGAUUGUAAAAAGGAGCAAAUAUCCAAGUCUCCCUGGAUAUUCAGGCUGUGGCACUAUUGAAAUCAUCUAUGACAUACCCAGUGGUAUUCAAACGGCGAAGCAUCCAAACCCAGGAAAGCCUUUUCAGGGGGCAACUCGUCAUGCGUACCUGCCAGACAAUGAUGAAGGAAAUGAAGUACUUGCACUGCUGCAGAGAGCUUUUUAUCAGAAACUGAUCUUUACUGUUGGGAAAUCUACAACUUCUGGCAUAGAUAAUAUUGUCACCUGGAAUGAUGUUCAUCAUAAGACCAAUACAAGUGGUGGGCCUGAAAGAUAUGGCUAUCCAGACCCUGACUAUCUGAAGAGAGUAAAGGAUGAGUUAAAAGCUAAAGGCAUCGAAUAAAGGUUUUGAUUUAUAAAUUCCCAAAUGCACAUCUACGCCUAAUAUUUCCAAUGAACCAUUUAUAGAUUAUUACAAUUUAAUAUACACAUUUAAUAUGCAGUGACUUUCAGAACUAUUCAGACCCUUGAUCAGUUUCCUGAAAAUCAAGCUAUAUAUUGAACUUCUGUUGUGUGUGAAACUCUGUAAAUGUUAAAUCUCAAAAUUAUUUUAAAAUGACAGACAAAACCUAAAACACGUCAUUAAUGGUCAAGAUAAUUAAAUGCAUAUUGUUCUGGAUAGCUCUUAAGGAGAACCGUGACAAUGAAGAAAUAGCUCUAGCACUGAGAGAGUAUCUGGAAUGCGUACGUUAGGAAAAGAGUAUGAAGUGUGCACACACCUGGAGAAUACAUCAUCUAGACACUGCUGAGAGAUGAUUUCCCCUCAAAACUCUUCACUUUUAAAGAGCUACAGAAAUCAGUGGCUGAGAAUUAUAUUUCAGUGGGUCUAAUUACUUUUGCCAGGCAUUGUAUAUUUAAUAUAAGGUGUUCCUUUAAUUAAGGUGAUGUUUUUAUGGUGUUUAAUGUUUAAUUGUAAUGAAAUGUUUUAGACUGGAGUUUGUCUUUUGAUUUUCACAUAAAAAGUGUAAAAUACUGAUUUUAAUGUGGGACUAUGGAAAGAUGUAUAUUCAUGUGAUUUAUAAUGUAACUGUAAUGUUAAAGUU